AUGCAGAUAGGGAACGCGUUGUUGGACGACGAAGCGGACCAAACAGGGAUGAUAGACUACGCAUGGGAUCACGCCGUGAUUUCCGACCGCCUCCGCGACGACAUCAAAGCCGCCUGCAACUUCAGCUCCACCACCUCUUCCGCCGAAUGCGACGCUCAGAUCAACAACUAUUACGCCGUUUACAAUAUUAUUGAUAUGUACAGCUUGUACACCCCAACCUGUGUACAAACCAACAUCACCGCCACCAAGAACUCGGUUCCUGUCGUACGAGGAAUCGCCCCUCACCUUUUCUCCAAAAUGGCUGGAUGGCACAAGAAACCAUCAGGUUACGACCCAUGUGCGCCUGAUUAUACAGAAGCAUAUCUCAAUAAACCUGACGUCCAGAAGGCACUUCAUGCCAACGUAACUGGGAUUUCCUAUCCAUGGGUUCAUUGCAGCGGCAUUAUCAGUAAUUGGAAAGAUUCACCAUCUACCAUUCUUCCUUUAAUCAGGAAACUUGCAGCGGCGGGUUUUCGCAUUUGGGUUUUCAGUGGAGAUACCGAUGGAAGGGUACCAGUAACUUCAACAAGGUAUAGUCUCAAAAAACUUGGGUUCAAUAUCACUGAAGAUUGGACUCCUUGGUACACUGAUAAUCAACAGGUUGGGGGGUGGACAGUUGCUUAUGAAGGACUAAUGUAUGUAACGAUUAGAGGAGCAGGGCACGAGGUUCCAGCUUUCGAGCCAAGGGAAGCACUUCAGCUAGUUAACCACUUUUUGGCCAAUAAGAAAUUGCCAUCCUCACCAUAUUGA